CUUCGUUCUGGUGGAUCAGUACAACAUUAUUUUUAUGUGGCACUGAAAUCGAUCUGGAAAGAGCUUCACGCGGUGAUUAGAAAGUUAAGAAAAACAUAUCCAGACUACCGUAUUUUGUUUACUGGACACUCGUUAGGAGGUGCAUUAGCCAGUCUCGCAUCCACUUUGUACGCUCAUCGGCAUCCAUCACUUUCAGAUAGGAUCCAUCUGAUGACUUUUGGGCAGCCACGAGUUGGAAACUAUGAAUACGCUGUGACUCACAGUGAACUUGUUCCAAACAGUUGGCGAAUCGUUCACAAAUACGAUUUGGUGGCUCAUCUACCAGCGUGUGCGAUCCGACUCAUCUCACAUUCCUGUGUUUCAUUGUUGAAUCAUUCACCGUACCAUCAUGGUACGGAAGUUUGGUUCCCAUCGAACAUGACGCGGAACGCUCUUUACCGAGUGUGUAACGGAUUGCCAUUGUAUGAGGAUGACACGUGCAGGUAG